AUGAAAACUUUUUUUCCCUCAGUACCAAAAAGAAAACUGAUCCACUAUUUGGAGAGGAAAACUAGAGGGAAAACGAGAUUAAGAUUAUGCACGUUGAAUAAAAUGAAUUCAUUAGCUUUAGAAAAAAUAAAUUUCAAUGGAGAAAAGCUGAUAAUUCUUUCAUUACUUCAUCAUACUUAUUAUGUAAUACUUUGCAUUCUCAUCCCGGAAAAAAACUGA